AUGGCUCUAUCAAUAGAUGCUUUUCCAGAAGAGAUAUUCAUCGAGGUCUUAACAUCUCUGAAGCUCACAUCAGGGCCAUCUGCAUUGAUCCCAUGCCUCCUCUGCUGCAAGAAAUGGCAUCAAUCGACCAUUCCCCUCCUCUACCGCGAUAUUAUUCUUAAAAACUCCAACUUGGAGCACUUGUUUUCACAAUUCCCAGAAUCGCAAGGCGGAUUGGUCCGAACAUUGACCGUCGCCCUAACCUACCCCAUCGAAAACCCCGAUGGCCGCUGGCAGCGAGAUGCUUAUCUAGGUACCCGAAAGACACGUCGAAUGAAACGUUGCCUGAGGGCUCUUUCGGGGUUUUUGCGCUGUAUGAGCAAUCUGACUACGUUCUCCUUUGCGAUACGCCACGACAUGGUCGACGGGACGACAAACCUGCAGUUCCCCAGAGAUACUCUUACCGAUAUGUUGUUGGCUCUUCCACAAACAUGCGUUAACAUUGAGAUUGUCGUCUGCGGGCCCGAGGAGCGAAACAAUCGCAGUCCAGAUGAUUUCUGUAAGACUCUGAUACAGAUUCUUCCUCGCCUGAAACAUCUCCGUCUUCAAGUUGGUCGUCUCUGUCCGGAUUUUCUAGGGGAAGCCGGCUUGGGAAAAGACGAUACAGAUGGCUCAAUCUGCAUCAGUUUAAACCCCGCUCUCUGCCCAAUUUGA